AUGAAUCAAGUUUAAGAGAGAUUUAAAAGAUUCGACAUUUUCGGUUAAGAAAUCAGACUAAUGGCUUCUGGCUAGUCCGCUUUCAGAACAAACAUUGGAGCAUUUAUGACUUUGGCUUUAUUUUCUAUUCUGGCAUAUUCUUGUAAUUCCUUUAUUUUGGAAAUGAAUAAAGGAAAAAAUGCUAUGCUUAAUUCUAAGGAGACUGUAAUAUCUGGAGAAGAAGGUUAUACCUUUAAUUCGACUGAGCUUAUCUUCGCUGUUGGAUUAUUAGACAAUUUGGGAUAACCUGUUCCUAAUGAUAAUAAUCGAGUAUUUUCUAUUAGCUUUUACUAUUGCAACAAGUCAUUAACCGACACUGAGUGCACCUACAUACCAGGAACAAUAUGUGGCAGCAGAAUUCAAGAAAUCUCACAAUAAUUAAAUAUACCAAAGGGUUAUGAAGAUAUUACUUACUGUAUGGAUGAAGAAUACAUUAAGUAAAAUCCAGAAAUCAGAAUUCAAGGCUCAACUAGAUAAGAUAAUUUUACCUUAUUAGGAGCAUUAGUCUAAAGAUGUCAGAAUAGCACGGAUUCUAAUAAUUGUGCACCAUAGGAGGAUAUUGAUUAAUAUAUCAAAAAUGCAAAUCUAUACUACUCUUACUCUUUUCAUCAGUUCAACAAAGAAUUGGAUGAUUCCCCUUACGAAAAAGCCUAAAAUAUUGAUGUUACACCAAUGUACUACAAAGUUCGAAAAUAUAUAAAAAUUUAUUUUUAAUACUCAUAGAGUUAAUUGGAGUAUAACCCUUUUUACUUUUUCCCUUCUUACGCUCAGCAUGAUGGCUUUGAAUAUUAAAAUACAGGAAUAGAUACGGCCUUAAAUUUUGAAGACGACAGCAGUUUUGCCCAACUAGAAAUUAAUUUGGAUGCGAAGAAGAGGAUUCAUUUCAUCACCUACCAAACCUUAAUGGAUGUUGCUGCCAAGAUUGGUGGCUUUUUCACAAUCAUUAGAAUCAUUUUUGAAAUUGUUCUAUUCCCCAUCUAAUCAAUACUUUACAGACUCUAUUUGAUCAAUUGUUUAACUCAUCAAUAAAAUAAUGUCAAUACCAAUACAUCUGACACUCCUAAGAAUAAAACUAAUAACUUUUUAACCUUCUAUAGACUAAUAAAAUCUGCAAAAGCAAGAUAGUUCUAUCUUAAUCAAUCUGUUCUAAUUGAUAAGUUUUUGGACAUAACAGAAAUACUGAUUAACCCUUUACGAUUUACGCGGCAAGUCGAAGACUUAUAUGGGUCAAUAAAGAAAUUUGAUAUUGUAAGUGCACGGCAGAAUAAUUACAACAUUAAUCAACAGAUAGAUGAACUGGUGGCUAAUAACAAUAACGACUUUGCAGAUCUCAAAAGCUUGAGUCCAAGAACUAUAAAUUAAGAAAUGAAGUUGGGAAGUCUAACCAAUUUUAAGGUUCCUCAACUUUCUAUAAAUUGA